AUGUCACUUUCCUUGUCUAAUCUCUCUUUGUCACAAGUUUCCGAUCAUCUUAACCUUGAGAGGUUUCGUAAUGACGUGCAAAGUCUACAGAAGUCACUUUCGAAGCUCCGUCCGCCACAGGAAUUUUUUGAUUUCAGAAGGAUUUCUAAGCCAGCAAAUUUCGGGGAGGCGCAAAGCAGGGCAUCUUAUAAUUUGAAGUAUUUUUCAGCUAACUAUGUUGCCAUCGUCAUAAUUUUAAGUAUUUAUGCUUUGAUCAGUAAUGCUUUGUUACUUUUCGUAAUUUUUCUUGUGGCAGGCGGAAUUUAUGGAAUUAAUAGAUUAGGAGGCGAAGAUUUGGUCUUACCGAUUGGUAGGUUCAACACUUCACAAUUAUACACAGGGUUAUUAAUUAUUGCUAUUCCAUUAACGCUUUUUGCAAAUCCACUUUCUACUCUGAUGUGGUUGGUUGGCUCAAGCGGUGUUUCUGUUUUGUCUCAUGCGUCAUUGAUGGAAAAACCUAUUGAAACAGUAUUUGAAGAAGAAGUUUGA